AUGUCUAGCUCCAAGGCAAGCCAUGCCUCCGGAGCAGCUCAAACAGACCACAACCUAAGGCAAAGACACACCCCAGGCAAAGGGGAAAAUGGGUCUGCAAUUGCACCUAUGGAAGAAGUGGAUGAUAAGAAGAACGUCCAGCCUACGAGUCAUAGUAACAUUCUAUCCUAUCUCGACGAAUAUGAAUUCUUGAUCGCCCCCUUGAUCUUUACUGCCCUCGCAUUUUUCACCCGAAUGUACAGAAUCGGCAUCUCAAAUAUAGUGACGUGGGAUGAAGCACAUUUUGGCAAAUUCGGUUCGCAUUACCUGAAGAGGGAGUUCUAUUUCGACGUACAUCCUCCGCUGGGGAAGAUGCUAGUAGGGCUAUCAGGCUAUAUGGCUGGAUACAACGGAUCUUUCGAAUUCAAGUCGGGCGAGAAAUAUCCAGAAGAGCUGAAUUAUACCUUCAUGAGACUUUUCAACUCAGCUUUCGGAGCAAUGUGUGUGCCAUUGGCAUACUUCACAGCAAGGGAACUCAACUUGAGGCGGCCGGCAGUCUGGCUGGUGACAAUGAUGGUGUUGUUCGAAAAUUCAUACGCAACUAUCUCAAGAUUUAUACUGCUGGACUCAAUGCUCCUUUUUUUCACAUUCACCACAACCCUCUGCUGGGCAAGAUUCCAUAAUUUGAGGCGGGAGAGUUUCUCUGCUGAAUGGUUCUUAUGGCUUACCUUGACCGGCAUAAAUAUUGGUUGUGUGUGCAGUGUGAAAUGGGUUGGUCUCUUCUGUACGGCUCUCGUCGGCGCUUACACCGCUGAGGAUCUAUGGAAUAAAUUUGGCGAUCUCAAUAUGCCAAAGGCGAGACUUGGGGCGCAUCUAGGAGCUCGUAUCCUAGGCCUUAUCGUCAUUCCAAUGAUCGUGUACAUGUUCUCAUUCUACAUCCAUUUUUUGGUUCUCGAGAACAGCGGUCCAGGAGAUGCUCAAAUGAGCUCUCUUUUUCAAGCAAAUCUCAAGGGAACGGAAGUCGGCAAAGAUAGCCCCCUCGAAGUAGCGUACGGAUCAAGAGCAACACUGAAGAACAUGGGUUACGGAGGUGGACUGUUGCACUCUCACGUUCAGACGUUUCCCGAAGGAUCUAAUCAGCAACAAGUUACUUGCUAUCACCACAAAGAUGCAAACAAUGACUGGUUCUUCUAUCCCAAUCGAAAUGAACCAUUGCCCUCGCAGGACGAUCCAAUCAAGUAUGUCAGCAAUGGGGACGUGAUGCGUCUCAUACACUCCCAGACCGGGCGCAACCUGCAUUCUCACUCUGUCUCUGCUCCAGUCACAAAGGGCGACAAUGAAGUUUCGUGUUAUGGAAAUACCACAGUCGGAGACGACAAGGAUCACUGGACCAUGGAAGUUGUCAACGACGCCGCCACUCGAGACUACUCUAAAAUCCGCACCUUAACAACAGCCUUCCGCCUACGGCAUACCUCUCUCGGUUGCUAUCUGCGCGCUGGAAAUGUCAAUCUCCCCCAGUGGGGCUUCAAACAGAUUGAAGUCACCUGCGUAAAAGAGAACAAACCGCGCGACGUCUACACCCACUGGAACGUCGAAGCACACUUCAACGACCGACUCCCCGCCGGCGACCCAGGCUCCUACAAAUCCCCCUUCUUCCGCGACUUCGUCCACCUCAAUGUCGCCAUGAUGACCUCCAACAACGCCCUCGUCCCCGAUCCCGACAAACAGGAUGACCUCGCCUCGCAAUUCUGGCAGUGGCCCAUUCUGAACGUCGGCCUUCGUAUGUGCGGCUGGGACGAUACCAUCAUAAAAUAUUUUCUUCUCGGCAACCCGCUCGUCUACUGGGGCUCCACUGCCUCCCUCGUCAUCUUCGGCGCCCUUGUAGCGUGGUAUACCAUCCGCUGGCAAAGGGGAUAUGAUGAGCUCAAGCCCGAGGAAAUCGAUCAUAUCCAUUAUGGGGGCUUGUAUCCCGUGAUCGGGUGGUUUCUGCACUAUGCGCCGUUUGUGGCUAUGGCACGAGUGACGUACGUGCACCAUUAUUAUCCAGCGCUGUAUUUUGCGAUACUCACGAUGGGGUUUGUGAUGGACUGGUUUACCAGGCCGUUGCAGAGGAAGGAUAAGAAGCUUGAGUGGGCGGUAUACGGGGUCUUCUACGUGGCUGUGACUAUGCUGUUCUGGUUGUUCAGGGCAGUGGUGUUUGGGAUGGAAGGAGAUAAUAAGAAAUGGAGGCAUUUGAAGUGGUUUGAUCGGUGGAGGAUCACGGAUUGA